AAGAUUCGAGAAAGAGGAACACGUACAGAAGUUCCACGCACAGAGGAUCCGGUUCUAGAGACGGAAUGCGUUUCAUACAUGACAGAGUUAGUGGUCUCCUGUACACUUUGGUUACAGAGAGAUUUAAGCCUUUUGCAAGCGACUUCGCGAGCUCGUGCCAUUUUAUUGUGCGAUGAAAAGAUUAUAGUAGGUAUUUCGGGCUUGAAUAAGAAACGGCUGCCAAAUGGACAACGGAGACAGUGGAAACUGCUUUCCAAUCAACCGCCUUCCUCAAGUAGUUUUCCUGAGCAUUCUGUCGUAUUUGCACGUGAAAGAUUUAGGAAGGGCGUCGUGCGUUUCAAAGCAUUGGUAUAACUCUACCCUUGAUCCUUGUCUUUGGAGAAGACUCAAGCUCCAGAAAAGACAAAAGGUGGACAAUCAGGUUCUUGUUCGGAUCACAAACUAUGGUUCAUCAACUGCCACGGUGUUGGAUAUUUCGGAAUGUCGUAGUAUCACUGAAGAAGGGCUCCUCAAGGCUCUACAGCAGUGUCGGUAUUUAAUUGAGUUAUGUGUUAUGAGGUGUCCGGCAGUGACAGACAAAUGUCUGGCUGAAAUGGCACAAAGUUGCCAGAAUAUCAAGUUACUGGACAUUAGUUUGUGCUCUGGUGUCACAGACAGUGGAGUUAAAGAGCUUUGUGAAGGUUGUACCAAGUUAGAGAGAUUAACAAUGGACCAGUGCCGAUCUCUUACCUGUGCUAGCCUUUUACCAGUGGCUCAGAAUUGUCCAAACCUUCAAAGCAUCUCUAUAGAGUACAAUACUAAAUUUCAAGAUGCGGGAGUCUGUGAACUUAUACAGCGAUGCCCAUUACUUGAGAAACUGCAUCUAAACUCAUGUGGGAUAACUUGUCAGACAGUAUUGCAUAUUUCUCAUUAUUGUAGAAAUCUAACUGUUUUGGAUCUGCGUUGCUGUUCGAAACUCACGGAUGAUGUAGUUAAGAAACUGGUGUCUGGUUGCACCUAUCUUAAGGUCUUGAAUGUAAGCCUGUGCUUUGAAGUGACAGAUGCAUCCUUAGAGCACAUAAUGUCUAAGUGUGUUUCUCUUCGUGGAUUAUACAUGGUGCAUUGCAAAAUAACGGAUAAUGGACUGGAGGCAUUCUUGCGUCAUGAUUGUAAGUUCCUGGAGAGACUGGACAUUAGUUGGUGUCAAGAGGUGACAGAUGAAGGAGUUAAAACUGUCCUCAAGGGAUGUCCUCAACUCCGACAUUUAGGGCUUGUGAGGUGUGACCAAGUCAGUGAUGACACAGUAGUUCAACUAAACCAGCAGUAUCCCGAAGUGUUCCUCAGCACUGUCUUGACAGAAAUGAAUCGGGUUUUUAACAAAGCUGGUAAUCUGCAAGCACUCUCUCCACCUGGAAUCCAAGCUGAUGUUGGUCUUAAGUGAAGGUUUAUCAAGGUCAGAGCCCAUUCGUAUAAGAUUUACAACCAGAUUUGAAGAUCAUGUGCAGCUGGCCUAAAUGUAGGCUACACUAGUUUGCUUUAUGGCUUACACUCAAACAUGAUAAGCAAAGCAAUCAGAGUACAAGAUCAGUACCAUCAUGACUGUUCUCCUCUUAUACAUGUACACUUCACUUUUUCUCUCCUGAGUCCACACGUGACAUGGAACUUUGGGGAAAAAAUGUUUAAGUCUCUUGACCAGUUUUCCAGACCUGGGGAAAGUAUUGGUGUGACUGUAAUGCCUGGAGAAAGUAUGAGAUUUAGUCCAACUUGUAACAAGUUAGUAUAAUCUAGUCUUUUUUGGCGUUUUAUUUCACAGUCCUGAUAAAGAAAAAAGCAUGGACAAAUAAUGUACAGUAUAUACAAACUGUGUUGACGAAAGGGUGAUGGUUGUCCUCUAAGAGUAGUGUGAGGAGUCUAUUGUCAAAUAGACCCCAAUAUUAAUUUAAAUGUUCAUAGCACUUACUUCUCUGUAGUAGUACUCUAAGGUUAAUGAUGAGCUUCUCAGCCUAAGACUAAAAUGUUACUUACUAGAGCAAUAUCUUUUAUUGUACAAACAUACUGUAAAGUUCCAUAUGCAAAAGCCUCCUACGCAGACGCUGUUAAUCAGACUUCUCCCCCACAAACGAUAAAGAUUGUGUGACGAGCCCAAAGAGCAUCUGUGUAGGAGGCUAGUAUGUAACGGCUCUUGUUGCUUUUGCCUCUUUUGAGGGUCGCAAUAUUUGGGCAAGGGUUUUAAUUCCAGGUAGCUUAAACGUAUACCGCAUGUGAGUCAAUCGAUUGUGAUAAAAUAGACUUAUUCUCAAUGACACACCUAGAAAGAAAUAUAUCCAUAUGUAUGUUAGACCAAAACAAAGUAAUACAUUGCCUUCGUAUUAAGUGUCAUUUCUGUUAUUUCCAUUCUUUUGUUUCUUAUAACGAGUCAAAUUUUGUGUGAGGUUGCUUAACUUUUGGGUGGACGCUACGUUUGGAGUGUACUAAGUUUGUGAAUUUCUAGCAGCUAUGAGAUUUUAUCACUAAUGUUGGUGGGUGGG